AUGAAGAAGAAUUAUGAUCGAGGGAAAAAGGAGAGAAAGUUCAGCGUGGGACAAGAAGUAUUUAUCCGGAACUACACCGGCUCAGGAGACCGGUGGAUACCGGGUAUCGUAGUCAAAGUUCUAGGCUCGAGCACUUAUGAGGUUCAUUUUGGCAUGGGAGUAAGAAAAACCCAUGCGGAUCAAAUGAAAGAAAGGGUGAUCCCGUGGGAGUUAGUAGAUGAGGGAUGGUUAGCGAAGAGGGACCGGAGAGUCCCUGUACAAGCUGGAGAACCUACCGAAAGGAUGACGCUUCGGCGAUCUCAAAGGAAGCGGCAGGCUACCGCUAGGAUGAAGGAGUUCCAGGAAAAUGAGAAGCGCAGGAAGAUAAAUUGGAUAAGAAUGUUAAGGAAUGAAGAUGAAAAUAAAAACGAAAAUUAUCACCGCGAGGUCUAUAAAAGAAGGGAGGAGGAGUUUGAUAUACCGCCCACGCACAAGAAGCCGCUCAAGAAGCCGUACAAGAAGCCGCACGAGACGCCGCAGAAGCCGCUCAAGAAGCCGCUCAAGAAGCCGCACAAGAAGCCGCACGAGACGCCGCAGAAGCCGCACGAGAAGCCGCGCGAGAAGCCAGAGCCAACAGCGGCCCAGAGGGCCGCGAAGUCGUAG